AUGCCUUUGGAAACUCUUACUGACGUAGCUAAACCAACACUUACCAAUUCUCAAAUCAACGCCGUUCAGGGCCUUUCCCGGGCUUCGAGGAAACGACGCCGCGGUCCUGAAACGCGCUUCUGUCAGGGCUGUAAUCAGCAAUGUGAUGUCGACUCCUUCAUGUUGAGCCGCCAUAACGGCCGUUCAACAACGCCCUACUGUGACUGCCAUAUAACUAUUCUAGUUCCAGCCAUAGCCGCAAAUAUCACUAAUAAAGGAACAACUAUUCCAGCCGCAAAUAACAAGAAUGCGGCUCCUAAUCAGCCUAUAGUUCUUGCUAAUCAACUUCCAUGCAUCCCGGCCGGCUUUAUCUCUCAAUACAAAUGGCGCCGCCAACUCUUUUUCGGCUUUGCUCCGCGGUUUGGCACCUGCUGUCGAAAAGGCAAGGUAUUAUUACCAGCCAUCAGACCACCCCCUGACGACCUAAAAGAGCUUUACACCUCCACUACAGGGCCGGCGAUCGCUUUCCAGGACAACAUCUGUUAUUACAACUCUGCCUUGGCCUUUACAUCGAUCAAUUACCAAGCCGAUAAUCACAUAACUGGUGGAAUCCGACCUUUCUAG